CAGAAGGUUCUAGAUAGGCAUUCUUAUUUCGUUCGUCCGCGAGAGAGCGAGCAAUGGCGGCAUCUCAUGCGGCUGCUGCUUCGCUGAAUUCGCCGUCGACGGCGCUCUUCUCGUCCUCGUUUGCGCAAUCCACAGCUUUUGGACGGGUUUCGUUCCAGGAUUUUCGGCAGCGCAGCAGGAGCGGCGGACUUCGCUGCCGGGCGCCGGUCGUGAGGACGCGAGCGGCGAAGCAGCUGUUCUUCAACAAGGAUGGAUCGGCCAUGAAGAAGCUCCAGGCUGGUGCAAACAAAGUGGCCAAUUUAGUGGGAGUUACUUUGGGUCCCAAGGGAAGAAACGUGGUGCUCGAGAGCAAGUAUGGAUCUCCAAAGAUUGUCAACGAUGGAGUCACUGUUGCCAAAGAGGUGGAGCUGGAAGAUGCAGUCGAGAACAUUGGUGCGCGGCUUGUAAGACAAGCUGCGUCGAAAACAAAUGACUUGGCUGGUGAUGGAACCACCACGUCCGUGGUUUUGGCACAAGGACUUAUAAACGAGGGUGUCAAGCUAGUCGCAGCGGGAGCUAAUCCUAUACAAAUUGCUCGAGGUAUUGACAAGGUCAUUGCAGGCCUUGUCAAGGAACUCAAGACUUUGUCGAAAGAGGUCGAGGACAGCGAACUUGCAGAUGUAGCAGCUGUGAGCGCGGGAAACAACUACGAGAUCGGGGACAUGAUUGCUGAAGCCAUGAAAAGAGUUGGGAGGAAAGGCGUGGUCACACUUGAGGAGGGAAGAAGUGCUGAGAGUACACUACAAUUCGUUGAAGGAAUGCAGUUCGAUCGGGGAUACAUAUCACCUUACUUUGUGACAGACACAGAGAAAAUGGCCGUGGAAUAUCAGAAUUGCAAGUUACUGCUAGUUGACAAGAAGAUCACAAAUGCUCGAGAUAUAGUAUCCAUCCUUGAAGACGCCAUUCGUGCUGGAAGUCCUCUUCUUAUUAUCGCGGAAGAUAUUGAACAAGAGGCACUUGCUACUCUGGUUGUGAACCGAAUUCGUGGAAAUCUUAAAGUUGCUGCUAUCAAAGCUCCAGGAUUCGGCGAGAGGAAGAGCCAGUAUUUGGAGGAUAUCGCUACUCUUACUGGAGGCACUGUUGUGAAGGAUGAAGUUGGUCUGCAACUGGACAAAGUGGGAUCCGAAGUUCUUGGUACUGCUUCAAAAGUGGUAAUCACAAAGGACUACUCAACAAUUGUUGGAGAUGGAAGCACACAGGAAGCCGUCAGUAAGCGUGUCAACCAAAUAAAAAAUCAGCUCGAGGCCACCGAGCAAGACUACGAAAGAGAAAAAUUGAACGAAAGAAUAGCUAAAUUGUCUGGAGGAGUUGCUGUAAUCCAGGUUGGUGCACAAACUGAGACAGAAUUAAAAGAAAAGAAGUUAAGAGUGGAAGAUGCUUUGAAUGCGACGAAGGCUGCUGUUGAAGAAGGCAUCGUUGUCGGUGGGGGAAUUGCUCUUCUAAGACUGUCUAGCAAGGUUGAUGCCAUCAAGGAUACCCUUGAGAAUGACGAGCAAAAGAUUGGAGCCGAAAUUGUGAGGAAAGCCUUGAGCUAUCCCGUGAAGCUCAUCGCAAAAAAUGCUGGUGUUAACGGCAGCGUUAUCGUUGAGAAAGUCCUUGCCGACGAUAACUUUAACCACGGUUAUAAUGCUGCGACUGGUGCAUUUGAGAAUCUCAUGGCGGCAGGAAUCAUUGAUCCAACCAAGGUAGUCAGGUGCUGUUUAGAGCACGCAGGCUCCGUAGCAAGGACCUUCCUCACAUCAGACGCAGUAGUCGUAUCCAUCCCGGAACCAGAGCCUGCUGUUCCGGCAGGGAACCCAAUGGACAACUCAGGUUACGGUUAUUGAGAGACGAUCGCGCUGUAAUGUCCCCCGUUAGCAAGUGGGCAGUCAGUUGCUGCCUGCCCUGCGGUGCGCCAGUUUUGUAUUUUAUCCGCUGGAAGUAUCUCACUGCUCAGAGUUUUGUUCUCA